UUACUGUAACUUAGACAUCGCCUCUGCUCGAAUGCGACAUCAAACAGCAGAACCCUUUCCUUCUGGCAAGCGACAUUUCUGCGGGGAAGGUAGGCUUGUCUCACGCAAAUGACUGGACAAUGCCUUCAUCCUCGCAUUGUUUUCCUUCUAGCAGUAUGUGACGAAGUCAUGACAGGCUAAUUUAUGUUAGGCUGAGCAUUGCUUGCCAGUGUCUCGCGCAUGGUUCUCAGUAUCUCCUACGCGUUUCAGCGGCGCUCGCUGCGGUUGCGCGCCGGUUUCCCUUUGCCCGCGCGGUUUUUUUUACACCCUUCAGCGCAGCGCGCAGACCGGAAGUAACGGGCUUCUAUUAUAAGCCGCGUGGGUUUAGUUCCUCGUAUUUAUGAGUAAUGACAUGAUGCUUCCAUUAGUCCGUCCCACUGCCACCGACGAUCCUCUUCGCAUCAUGGCUGACGAACGUGGUUACCACGCUCGACUCGCAGCGGCAGCAAGGACAGCUUCGCACUUUCGCAGCCAAUCGGACCAAAAUUUAUCGGAAUGGGAAAACUGUCAUGAGCCUAACAGAAGCGGGAAACGUGGCGGCGGCGACGGCGGCGGCGGCGGUGGCGACGGCAGCGAGCGCGAGGCGAGAGGCGCCGCCGCUGGGGCCAGCAGAAUCGCUAAUAGCGCGCGUCGCCGCCUGUCGCCGACGUCUAAGCUCGUCGCCAAUCCCACCGUCGAUGAUCCCGCGGCGGUAGAAGGCCACGACCAGCUUACUCCCUUACCGAGUUCCCUUGAUGCGAGCUCGGGUGUUAAUAGCCCAUCCUGCAUAGAAGCGCACGACAGCAACUUACGGUCUCGAGGGCAUGCGGCGGCGGCGGCGCACGCGGGACGGCCUUCGAAGCCGCAAUCGCCGCUGCCACGUCAUCGGCGGUACCGAUCAGAGGACGCGUUCUCCUUCCACGAACCUUCCCCUCGCGCCGCGAACGGCGGCAAUGCCGCCGGUAAUCAUGACGCCGCUAGCAGUAAUAGUACUAGAGGUAGCGGCGGGUCUCGCGGCGGCGGCGGCGACCAACACGUGUCGCCAGGGUCUACGCGGUCGCCGACGGGGUCAAGCGUCCGAGUCGCAGACGGCGGCUCGGGAACGGUUGUCCUGUCUGGCGCUGCGGCGGCGGCGCGGAGGAGGGGGUCGAGCCGCGGAGGGUCGAUCUGCCAGGAGCUGCUGCCGAGCCUGUGGGAGGAGGAGGUCGACGGAGGAAAUGACGGAAACGAGGACGUUAAUAGCGGGGAUGUUCCUAGAGGCGCCGGUAGCGGGAAUGCUACGGGCAUGGCGGAGGCGGCGGAAGAAGCUGACGCGGAGAGGAAAUCGGAGUAUUUUUCCCGGCGGAAAAGCGGAAGCGCGAUUCCGCGCAGUCGGGAACGAUGGCAGGGGGAAGACGAGGAGGAGAGAGCUUCCCCUGCCACAUCCACCGCGCUCGCCUCCCCUUCCGCCUCCGCCUCCGCUUCCGCCAUUCCGCGUGUUCCGAGCCCCACGGGGCUUCCGCCGCGGCCGCUGUCCCCGUCAGACGCAGACUCGUUACAGUCCCCGCAUGUACACAGAUCCCCCACUGCUUCCCCGCCAUACCACCGCCGAUCUCAGAGCAGCGGAAACUUCAUCUGGGCGGGGGGAGCGGCGGGCGGGGCGGGCGGAAUGAUGGGGGGACUUCCGCCCACUAGCCCUAGAACGACCAAUCUUUCCGCCGGUUUCGGCGCAGGAUACACCAGUAGCGGCGCGCAUUUGCCCCCCCUGAGCCCCAGGGCGGGCGGAAAGAGCGGCGCUUGGCCCUUUCCCAGCCCCAUUGGGCGCAGCAAAACGACUGGCGGAAACUUCGCGAAAGGUUCCGCGGGUGGGCCGGUUGCUGACUUGGCAGGCUUAUCCAGGAGUCGAACUACGCAUGCGGCGCUUGGGGAGGGCGGCGGAGGCGGAGGCGGAGGCGGAGGCGGAGGCGGAGGGGGAGGCGUAGGCGGGGGAGGGGGGCGCGUAGCGAUUGGAGGGAGCGGCGGCGGAGGGAUGGGGGGAGAAGGCAGGGUGGCGGGUGGCGGGGUGCAUAGGGGGAAGGGCAUGGGCGGGAGCAGCGGGAUCCCUAGAAGCGCGAGCAGCGGGAAUAUGGCGGGGAUGGGCUUUACUCCCUCGAUGGGCACUGUGCUACGCGGGAGCGUGCCUAGAAGCUCCAGCAGCGGCAAUGUGACGGGCAUCGGCUCCACUUAUAACACCGGCACUUUGCUAAGUGCAGCGGCACUUAGGAACCCCGGCAGCGGGAGCGGCGCUGGUGGUGCUGGCUUUGGUCGCGGCAACAAAAGCGCAGGUUUUGGCAACGCUGAUGCUCAGAGUAACAGCAGCAUGGGCGGCUAUAGCCAUGGGGGUGCCGGUAGUGCCAGUGGUGGUGGCGUGGGGCGGCACAGGCGAUCUGCCAGCACGAACACGGUUAUGCUAAGACCUAGCAGUGUGGGCGCAGCAGUAGGCAAAGAAGGCGCUGCAAUGCUUGGUAGCCAUGUUGAUUCCAGAAGCAAAAGCAGCAGCAGCAGCAGCAGCAACAGCAGCACCGGGGGCGCCGGGCCCAAGGGAUUCAGAACGCCGAGCAUUGUGCUUCCGGGCCACGACAGCGUCAGCCCCGCCACGUCACCCUACACCAGCCCACGUGGGGGCGGCCUGCCUGCCAAUGACACGUUACUCAAGUCGCCACCCUUCACCAGCCCACGUGGCACUCCUCCCUCCCCCGGCUACCGCCUCCCUACCCCGAAACCUUGUGCAUAUGCCACCUCUCUGGGCGGUGCAGGGGGUAUGGGAAACACCGGAUCAAGCAACGCAGCAGCGCCACCAGCCAUCCCAGCGUCUUUCUCUCGCUCCCCCAGGCACCAGAGCCCUAGCGUGGCCAGCCCGAACCUCCGCAGCCCGAAGCUACGAAGCCCGAGCCGGCCCAGCCCCGGCGUGAGCCGAGCCAGCAGCUCAAGCCCGGUGGACCAGGCGCAGAGCAACCUGAUCGGCUUCUCCUCCCCGACUUACGUCCCCAGCCCCGCUUCGUCAGUGUCUUUAACUACCAAUCGCCCUCUGUUCUCGAGCAGCCCCAGGGGUAAUUAUAGCCCUCCUGGUAGCAAUAGUCCUUCGACUGAGAGUAGUCCUUAUGCUAACUACCCCUACACUCCGGGAGGGGGUAGUGUGGUGCACAGCCCGCAAUCUAUGGCGGCUCUAGCAGAUAGGGACAAGCAGAAACUGGCCGAGAUUCAGAGCUUCUUUGCUUCGGGAUCCGGAGCGUUAGGCUCGGGAGGGCUAGGCUCGGGACGGCGAGGUUCGGGGCAAUGGGGAGUGGGCGGAGGCACCCCGCUCCAAUCACCCAGGCCUGGAAUGUCCCCCAGAAGUUCCCCUCCUUUGAACUCACCAGCCAAAGGCAAAGGAGGGGCAGGGGGUGCAGGGAGGGGGGGAAGGGGAGGGAGUGGGGGAAGGAGGGGAGCGCUGGGGUUGUUUCUAGGGCCGAUUCGUACUCCGAGCCCAAGUGAGUAUUAUAGGGUUGCUUCGCCUGGUGGUGGCGGUUGGAUGGGGCGGAUGUGGGGGCGGAGAGGGGAGAGUGAGGAGGGGGGGAAGGGAGAGGAGGACGAGGAAGCGGAGGUGGGGGAGGAGGAAGGGGAGGAGGAGAGGGAGGAGGAGGAAGUGGAGGUGGUUGGAGAGGAUUGGGGGAGGUACAUGGGGGGGAAGAAGUAUGAGGCGAGCGGUGAGGAGGAUGGAGAGGAGGGAGAUGGAGUUGUGACGGGAGCGGCUGCAGCAGCUGCAGCAGGCGCAAUGGCUGUAGAAGAAGCAAAAACAGACAAAGGAGCAAGACGGACAAAGAAAGCUGGAGAGGAAGACCAGCAAGCAGCAGCAGCAGCAGCAGCAGCAGGUGAAAAAACGGGGGCAGCAUCAAAGGAGACAGCAGCAGCAAGCACGGCAAGCACGCAAGGGAAGGAGGACGUGAAGGCGAUGGUGCAAACAGCGCUGGACGAGUGGAGGAAGAAGGAGGCAGAGGCGAUGCAGCAGCAAGCAGCGUCCGUGCUGGGGCGCGGCAUGUCGGACGUGCGGGCGGUGUACGAGCUGGGGAAGGAGCUGGGGCGGGGGAACUUCGGGGUGAUCCGCGAGGCAACAAACUGGGUCACGGGGGAGCGAUUUGCGUGCAAGAGCGUCAACAAGAAUCGGCUAGAGUGCGUGGAUGACAUAGAGGACCUGAAGAGGGAGGUGAAGGUGAUGGCGGCGCUCAAGGGGCAUCCGAACAUCGUUUCGCUGGUGGAUACCCAUGAAGAUGAUACAGAGGUGCACAUAGCAAUGGAGCUCUGCGAGGGAGGCGAGCUGUUCGACCGCAUCGUUGCCCGCAACCACUACAGCGAGCGCCAGGCGGCACAGGUCUGCAGAACCCUAGCAGACGUGCUCAACUUCUGCCACUCCAAGCGCAUCCUGCACCGCGACCUGAAGCCCGAGAACGUGCUUCUUGUGUCGACCCGCAGCGACACGCGUGUCAAGGUGAUCGACUUUGGAAUGGCGUAUCUCUUUAAGGACGGCGAGCGCUGCACGCAGCGCGCCGGCACCCCCAACUACAUAUCCCCAGAAGUUAUCGCAAAGAAUUACGGAACCGAGGCGGACGUGUGGAGCCUGGGGGUGAUUCUGUAUGUCAUGCUGUGCGGGCUGCCGCCGUUCUGGGGGGAUACCACGGAGGAGAUCUUCACGAGUAUUCUGUAUGAGCCACUGGAUCUGGAGACCGAGCCUUGGCCGGACGUGUCGGCCGCCGCUAAGGACUUGGUUCGGCGGAUGCUGAACCGGAGGUUCGACCAGCGGAUCACUGUGCCAGAGAUACUGAAGCAUCCAUGGAUCAAGGCCCUCACUUGAGGUGCUUAGGCGGAGACCAUACUUGCAAUGCAAUGAUAGCCAACGCAAAUUUCCACCAAUUGGAUUUGUCUGUUAAGACUGUCAGUGAAAGGACGGGCAAAGAGCUAUAACAUCUGGCGGACUAUACUUUUAUGAUUAGAGCGUAUUCCUACCAUCCAGAAUCAGGAUCAGCA